CUGUAAUAGAAGUUAAUUUUAUUAAUUAUUUAUCAACAUGGCUAAUUACAAUAAUAUAAAUGACGCACUAAAUGAGAAAUUACCGAUAGCUCAAUAUGGGGAACCAAUUUUAGAAGCUGAAAGUACAAUAACAGAUUUACUGUUUGAAACUGUACCAGAUUCUAUUGCAAAUGAAGUGGAGAAAAACCUAAGUAAAUGGUCAUUAAAACUAGAAAAGAUUAAGCCAGAGACACGUCAAAAAGUGAAUAUUAAGAGAAAGAAAUAUUUAACUAGAGAUGAGCGUUUAAAGAAUGGACUGCUUAAACUUCAAAAAGUUGGUUGGAAUUAUUCUCAGUUGGCUGAGAUGAGAUCCAUGUGGUUGACAUAUAUGAGAGACAAUCUGGAGGGCAUUCAUAAAUGUCCUGAACCCACAGACGCUGAAUGGACAAAUGUGUCAACAAUCCUUAGUAAAAGUGAGCUCACAGGAGCUGAUAUUACAGUGAUAAGAUCUACUGUUCCCAAUUUGAUUGGUACUCGAGGAACUAUAGUAUUGGAAACCAAAGCCACAUUACAAAUAGUUACACCAAAUAAUAAAUUAAAGAUUCUACUGAAAAAGCCUACUGUGUUUCAAUUUGUAUUGGACAAAUUUAAAUUUACUGUAUUUGGGAAACAUAUUGCAACAAAGCCAAGUGAAAGAAGUGUAAAGAAAAUUAAAACUUUGAUGCAUCCAGAUUUGUAAAUGUAGAAUAUUAUUGUAUAUUUUCUUUUCAUUAAAUAUAUAAGUUUAUUUGUUUGGAAAUCUAGGAUUGGUGUGACAGGGAUAAUAUCAAAUUGAAAUUAUUUAUAUACUGAGAUGAAUGAAUGGAGGAAAGUGGAAAGAAAUUAAAACAGCAAAAAUAUUUUUACCUAAAAUAUAAUAAUAAUAUAACUUAUA